AUGCCUCAAGAUCCUUACAAGAGCAGUCUCUACCGCAAACAGUACGAGGCUGCCAGAACUCAGUUUGAUACCCAAGACAUGGACGGAUGUAUUGCAGCCGCCAAGCACAACCUGACCGACCCUACUCUUCCACCUUACUAUGUCAUUAAAAACUCUAUCCUUGUCGCUUCUGCCCUCGACGACUGGAAUGAUGCAGACAUCUUCAGGCUUGCUGCUGAACAAGAGUGGCGAACGAGCUAUAUUGCCGCAAACAGACAAGGAGACGCGGACGCUCUGGAGGCACUGAAAGAAUUGCGCAAGGAAUUGGCUGAGCUGGAAGAAUUUCGACUGCAGGAUUUGGGUAUCACGGUGACUGACGAGACACGCCACGAGGCAUACGACACAGCCGGAGCCAUCGACGAUGCAGGCUACGAGGAUUAUUCUGACGCUGAGAUGGACACGGAUGAUGAGGAGGACACAGGACGUGACAUGAUGGAAGACACAAGUGCCAUCCGUUCUGCAUCGCUCGCCAAGGCCGAAAACCAGGAUCAGGUUGCCGCUGGACUGCCAGACUUGCCCAUUCGCCCUGCAAGCGAGCAUCCCAACCGCAUCUCCAUCACUCCAGCUGCCGCAGGGCCCUUCCUGUCCCACAAGCAAGUUCGGCGCCAGAAAAGCUUCAUCAGCAAGGGCGGUGCAUUUCAUGCCCAGCAAUUCGCGAAGUCUCUCAUUGAUGCCCAGUCAUCUUCAAAUGCAGAGGCAUCAGGACCGGGCAAGGACCCGACGGCAGACAAGUCUCUCGGAGACAAGUAA